AUGAGAGACUACUCUGCGACCCCCAGCCAGGCAGGCGCGUGCAUGCCGUGCUGCCAAGUUUGCGUCUUCGCCUUUACCGCAUUUCUCAUCGUUGCAGAGAGGACGGCGCUGAUCUAUUGCUUUGUGUACUAUCUGUGGGUGGGUCACAAUUACUGCUAUGCCCAUCUCUCUGGCUUCACUGCACUGUUCCUGCUGCCAGGUUGGGGUCCUCAGUGGCUCAGCUAUCUGUGGUACCUCUCAGAUGGACGCAUCCGCAGGAAGUCUCUCACCUGGACACACAUACUGCACCUGGGUAUCUUCAAAAGGUUGUGGGAGUGCAUGUGUCUGCCAGACGUGCAUGUGUACUGUGAGAUCAUGCAGCAGGCUGAUGCAUCUGCCUUACGUCUGUUUGAGGCCUUGGUGGUCACCCUCCCUCAGACACUGCUGCAGACCUAUGUGCUCAUCUGCACUGAUAUAGGAAUCAAAUCUCCAGCCUCCGUGUGUUUUGUGGUGUGUUUGUUAUCCCUGUCCUGGGCCUUGGUCCUCUACGCCAGAGCCUGUUUGCUCAUCAGACCAGGACACCUACAAAUGACCCCCGCUGCCAUUCUCUGUCGACUUCUGUGGAGGGUCAGUAUGUUGGGAUCGCGAUUUGCUGUUCUCAUGCUUUUCACACGUAUCUUCAAACAGUGGAUCCUGGGAGUCAUUGGUGUACACUGGCUGGGUACAACUUUCUGGAUGGUGUCACAGCAGACCGACAUCAUACGUUCUACUAGUCGAUGGAGACUCUUCAAUUUCGUUCUGGGAGCCAUUCACAUCUUCUUUUUCCUCAAUGUGAAGUAUGGUCCAUCCAGAUACCGCAUGGCUGGGUUCUACCUGGCCAUGUUCUUAGAAAACGCUUUUCUUCUUCUGGCCUCCUCGUGGUUGUUUACAAUGGUGUCCUGGGACACUGUGGGAAUCCCAGCUGCAGUCUUCUCUAGCUUCCUCAUUGGAGUGAUAGCGUUGGUGCUGUACUAUCGUUUCCUCCACCCGAAGUCCUUUGAGAUUUUUCAGAGUAUUCGCCACAGGGGGAUAGGUGGUGCUUGCACAGAGCGUGGAUCGACACUGUCCCUGGAGGAGAAAGUUACACCCACUUUCCAUCGCCACGCAACGCUGUCUGGAGGUGGGACCCUCAUGGAUCUCCCUAUCCAAUGGGAGGGAUGGAAACAUCACCACUGGCUGCUGAUUCGCUUGGCCAUGAAGACGGGGGAUGUAACAAACAUCUGGUCGUCGUAUGGCGAGGGGGGACUCGCCGGACUGAUGGGUCUGCCUGAAGAAGUUCACUCCCCUGAUGAACCUCGUGUUUUUCGGGGUCCACUUAUUCAGCCGCAGGUUCCCCAGAUCUCACAACCAGCUCCUCAGCCAGCUCCACCACAGGUGACCCAGGCUCCACAGGUGAGAGAGGUGGUCCAGCCACCAAAGCCAGCUCCCUCCAGUGUCGUAGCCAGACCAGUUAGAAAAGCUCCACCCACAACAAUCCAGGAUUUUAGAUGUUUUCCAGAGAUCAUCCCAAUCCAGGAGGUCAUUCUGGAAGAGAGUGCAGAAGAAAUGUCCAGCGCCCCACCUUCAGAAAAAGGUGAUGAUGAGUUUCAGAGUGCUGCUUACGGUUCACCAACUCCUUCAUCUCCACUGCAACAUAGCAGCCUCCACCACAUCGAUAGCAACGCCGCAUCCCUGACCGGAGCUUCGUCCUCCGUAGUUUCCCUGGACAUCCAGACUCCUGGAUGGUCACCUGAACGGCGGUCCCCUCUCCUGAUUGGUUCCCCGGAGAAAAAACCCUCACUCCCUGCAGAGUCCAGUACUACACUUUACUUCAGCACGGAUGCACAGUCUCCCUCCAGGGGGAGCUAUCUUGGCUGGGGCUCUGAGUUGUCACCAAUGUCCACCUACAGAAGUCCCUACCGGAUCAGAGAGGCUCGUUUUAUCACAUCCACCCCACUCCUGGAGCCUCGAGCUAGGGCAGAAAGUCCAGGUCCCUCCCCUGUUGUUAUCAUCCCUGCCACUCCUGGUACAACACCAGGCCCCACUCCAGGUGGGACCCCUGGUGCGUCGACCUCUGCUGCUUCUACGCCUGGAGCUUCAACCGCUGCUGAUUCAACUCCUGGUGCGUCAACGCCUGGAACUCCUGGUGCAUCAACGCCUGGAACUCCUAGUGCUUCAACUCCUGGUGCUUCUGCUCUUGGUGCUUCUACUCCUGGUGCUACCACACCCGGUACUCCAAUCAUUCCACUCACUCCAGUCCUCUCCCACGCUCGCAAACAGAUGGUCCAGUUUGUGGGCAGUAGGGAGAGGAUGGUAUAA